GAACGAGCUGAGCUGAGCUCACACGGGCUUGCAGCCGCAGCGGGACGGGCGGUGCAGCGGUCUGUUCGUGCGUGUGUGUGUGCGUGCGUGGAAGGAAAGGAGCCGUUUGACAGUUUGCAUGUGCGCGUGUCCUCAAACCAUCCGCGCAGGUCUGGAGCUCGUACAUGUGCACUGGUGCGCAGGAGUCUGCACGCCGGCGGGGGAAGCCAGGCGCAGAGUGAACCUUUCUGGACAUGCAGUGGUCUGUCCAGAGAGACAGUCGGGUGUCUACAGGUGGAACGAUCCAGAUGAUCAUCAUGAAUAAGUAUCUGAGUCUCAUCUUCCUGUCUCUGGCUGCGUUUGGACAGGAAGUACCGUCCAACCCUCACGGCUGCACUGAGGGUAGCUGUUAUCCUGCAACAGGAAACCUUUUGAUUGGACGAGCGGCCAAUUUAACCGCCACUUCCACCUGUGGCCUGCGCGGACCGGUGCAGUAUUGCAUCGUGAGCCAUUUACAGGAGCCAGACAAGUGUUUUGAGUGUGACUCCCGGCAUCCCUAUGAUUCGUACCGCCACAGGAACAGUCACCGCAUCGACAAUGUCAUCUACCUCAUGGAUAGCAAUGGAGACCACACCUGGUGGCAGUCCAUCAACGGGAAGGAGGAUGUCAGCGUCAGACUCAACCUGGAGGCUGAAUUCCACUUCACACACCUCAUCAUGAAGUUCAAAACUUUCCGACCUGCAGCUAUGAUCAUUGAACGUUCAGCGGAUUUUGGUCGGACAUGGCGGCCUUACCGUUACUUCGCCUCCAACUGCACCAGAACUUUCCCCAGGAUCCCAGCCAAGAGCUUGCACCAAAUAAACGACGUCAUCUGUGAGGAGCGCUACUCUGACAUCGAGCCCUCAACAAAUGGAGAGGUCAUUUUCAAAGUUCUGGAUCCUGCAAUUCCAGUGGAAGACCCUUACAGCCUGGACAUCCAAGAACUUCUGCGAAUCACCAACCUGCGAAUCAACUUCACAAAGCUCAACACUUUGGGAGAUGACCUGCUUGACCGUCGCUCAGACGUGUUGCAAAAGUAUUACUACGCCAUUUAUGAGCUGGUGGUCCGAGGGAGCUGCUUCUGUUACGGCCACGCUUCAGAGUGCGCCCCGGUACCAGGAGUGAACACUCGGGAGAGUGGGAUGAUCCACGGUCGAUGUGUUUGCAAGCACAAUACUGAAGGUCUGAACUGCGAGCGUUGCAAACCUUUCCACAACGACUCUCCAUGGAGACCAGCGGAGGUGGAGGAGCCCCACACCUGCACAGAAUGUAACUGUAACGGCCACUCGGACCGCUGUCACUUUGACAUGGCCGUGUAUUUGGCCACGGGGAACACUAGUGGAGGAGUUUGUGACGACUGUCAGCACAACACCAUGGGCCGUAAAUGUGAGAUGUGCAAACCGUUCUACUACCAAGACCCUAACAGGGACAUCAGGGACCCACGCGCUUGUGUCGCCUGUGAUUGUGAUCCGGUGGGGUCAUUCGAGGGGGGCAUCUGUGACAGCCACACCAACCUGGAUACGGGGAUGAUCAGUGGACAGUGUCGCUGUAAAGCGAACGUGAAAGGCCAGCGCUGCGACAGCUGUAAGAACGGUCAUUAUGGUCUCAGCCAGAGCGACCCGCUUGGAUGUCAGCCUUGUAAUUGUGACCCUCGUGGCAUCAUCAUGAUGGACGCUCCUUGUGAUCAGAUCAGUGGAGACUGCUCCUGUAAAAGACAUGUGAUAGGACGCUACUGCAGCCAGUGUGAGCCUGAAUACUGGGGCCUCAGCAACGACCUGGGCGGCUGCAGACCUUGUGACUGUGAUUUUGGUGGAGCCUACAACAACCGCUGUAUGAUGGAUAGUGGGCAGUGUGGCUGCAGGAAACACUUAAUCGGUCGACAGUGCUCGGAGGUGCAGCCUGGGUAUUUCUGUGCUCCUCUUGACUUUUACACAUACGAGGCUGAAAAUGCAAACGGAGUCCCUCCCACAGACUCCUCGCUGCCGGGCAAGGUUCGUCCUCAGGCUGCAGACGACUGCAUUCAGCAUCUCAGUAACCAGGCGAGAAGGCAUCGGCGACACAGACGCGUUUCAAGUUCGCAGCAGUAUCAAGCAGCGCUGAGACGCAUCCGGCAGCUUCAGCAGACGCCCGAUGUGACGACCGUCCACAGAGAGCACGCCUCCAGCCACAUCGUGACCUGGACUGGACCUGGUUUUGCUCGAGUCAAAGACGGCGCCGGCUUGGUGUUCACCAUCGACAACAUCCCUUACGCCAUGGAGUAUGACAUCAUGAUCCGCUACGAACCCGAGUCCACAGAAGACUGGGAGGCAGUGGUCAGUAUCACCUCUGUCCAGCUUCCCUCCAGCCUCCGGUGUGGAAACCUCCUACCGACGGAGCAGCUCUACACCGUCACACUGCUGCACCGAAACAGAUACAUCCAGAUGUCCAGGCCGUUCUGUUUUGAGCCCAGUAACCGUUAUGUGGUCUCCAUCAGGUUCCAGCGACACGGGGUCGCUCACAGACACCUGACCGCUUUUAUUCUCAUCGACUCGCUUGUGCUGAUUCCCAAAUACACUGAGCUUCCUGGUUUCCAAGGCAACGCUCCAGCGGCAGAGCAGCACCGGGACGAUAUGAUCCGUUACAUGUGUCUAGACUCUUUCCUGAUCACGCCGAUGCCCGCUCUGGCCGAAAUGUGCUCCAAACUCAUCUGUAGCAUCUCAUCCAUCCUCCAUGACGGAGCUCUGCCCUGUCAGUGUGACCCUCAGGGGUCAAUGAGCGGUGAAUGUGAUAAGGUCGGAGGCCAAUGCCGUUGCAAAGCGAAUGUCAUAGGCCGACGCUGUGACCAGUGUGCCCCGGGAACCUACGGCUUUGGAGCAAACGGCUGCACGGCUUGUAACUGCCACUCCGACGGCUCCCUGAGUCACCAGUGUGACCCGCUCUCCGGUCAGUGUCCGUGCAGACAAGGAGCCAUGGGCCGGCGGUGCUCGGACUGCCAACCGGGCCAGUGGGGCUUCCCUAGCUGCGUCCCCUGUCAGUGCAACGGCCACGCUGACCUCUGCCACCCCCAAACGGGACAAUGUGCAGACUGCAGGGACAGCACAGCGGGACACCACUGUGAACGUUGUGUGGACGGGUUCUACGGAAACCCGGUGCUUGGUUCGGGGGACCACUGCCACCCCUGCCCCUGCCCUGGGAUUCCUGGUUCAAACCACUUUAACGGACUCUCCUGCCAGGCCAACGCCACCUCGGAUCAGAUCGUUUGCACCUGCAGACGAGGUUAUGCAGGUUCCCGCUGUGACCGGUGUGCCCCCGGUCACUACGGCAAUCCAGAGCAGCCCGGAGGACGGUGCCUUCCGUGUGAAUGCAACAAUAACAUCGACACCCAGGAACCUGGGUCAUGUGACUCACGUACCGGCGAGUGCCUGAGGUGUCUGUACCACACCGACGGCCCGUCGUGCUCUCACUGCGAACGCGGCUACUUCGGCAACGCUUUGGUCCAGGACUGCAGACUUUGCACCUGUGUGCCGUCCGGCACCCUGGAGUCGGUUUGCCACGAGGGACGGUGCCACUGCGACCGCCAGAGCGGAGACUGUCCCUGCAGGGACAACGUGAACGGCCACAGCUGCGACCAGUGCUCCGAGAACCACUGGAACUUCGGUCAGGACGGAGGCUGCGAGCCCUGCAGCUGUGACCGGCAACACGCCCUGGGGCCUCACUGCAACUUGUUCACAGGCCAGUGCCAGUGUCGUCCGGGAUUCGGAGGGAAACGCUGCACCGAGUGCGAGCCGCUCCACUGGGGAGACCCGCGGCUGGAGUGCCGAGAGUGUAGCUGUGACCCGCUGGGCUCAGAAACCGCCCAGUGUGACCGAAAAACGGGCCAAUGCGAGUGCCGGGACGGAGUGACUGGGAGGCGGUGCAACGAGUGCGCUCGAGGCUUCAUCGGCGACUUCCCCAGGUGUGUCCCCUGUCAUCCGUGCUUCCAGCUGUGGGACGACCACGUCUGCACGAUCAAACGGGACUUGGACCACUUCCGGUACACCGUGGAGAAGAUCCUGGAAAGCGGGAUCUCUCCCGGGCUCGGGGACACGCGCAUCAAGGAGCUGGAGAAAAAUCUGAACAAGGUGUUGGAUCUGAUCGGUGCAGGGGACUCCGACGGGGUCCACCGGCUGGUCGCGCAGAGCAUCGACGACCUCAGUACAGAGAUUCUCCUCACCAACGGACGGCUGUCGGACAUCGGCCAGGAGUUGAACUCAACAGCAGUAAAGGACGAGGAGCUGAAGCGGAUCCUGAAUGAGUUGGAGAAAGAGCUGAGGGACGUCAACGCUACUGUGGCUCACAAACAGGAGCUGCUGGACAAAUACCUCACCUCCGGGUUAGCAGAUCAGUUUGAAAAAGUGAAGAAGUACAACAGGGAGUCCCUGCAGGCUGAGGAGAGAUGCAACGCCUCUGUGUCGGGCCCUGGCAGUCCGGUAGAACAAUCCAACAGAACCAGAGCCGUCACAGAGGAGCUGAUGAACGUCAAAAAAGACGAGCUGCUCCGGGCUCUGGCUGCUCAGAACAACUCAUUAAACGAGUUGCAGCAAAACAGCCACGACCUUGAGAGGAAGGUCCCUCGUCUCAGCGACAUGGUCUGUGGCGGUCACAGCAACUCCAGCAGCAACGGCAGCUGCCCCGAAAGCCGGUGUGGUGGUGCAGGUUGCCGUGACGAUCAGGGUAACCACGCGUGUGGUGGUGAAGGAUGCAACGGGACGGCGGGCGUUGCUCUCGGAGCGCUGGAUAAAGCCGGGAACGUCUCGGAGAGACUGAACGCCGCUGAUGAGGAACUGCAGGGAGUCAUGAAGAAACUCCAGGAUUUAGCUUCUCUGACCCAGAACGUCAAGAACCAGACCGUGAAUGUUCUGACUAAAGCGCAGAGGAAGAAGGAGUAUUUUGAAAGCAACAACAAGAAGCUUAAAGACCUCAUUAAGAACAUCAAAGACUUCCUGAACGAGGAAGGAGCAGACGCUGAAAGCAUCGAGAAGGUGGCUCUGCAGGUCUUGGCGAUCUCGCUGCCGCUCAACAAAACCAAUCUGGGCCAGAUGAUCAAGCAGAUUAACAACAGUCUGACCAACCUCACCAACGUCGGAGGGAUUGUGAAUCAAACCUCGCAGAUCAUCAGAGAUGCUAAAGAGCUGCUUGAAAACGCUAAAGAUGCCAAGAACCGAGCUGUGAGGGUGAACGGUCUGGUCAAUAACACCAAGCAGGCUUUGGAUCUGUCUGAGCGAGCCGUAGAAACAGCAAAGAAAGCCCUGAAGGAAGCCAGCGACAACCUCGACAGCACCAAGAACGCCACCUCUGAGGUGGAGGAGAGGCUGCAGCAGCUGGAGGACACACAGAUGGACGCGAUGAUGCGUUUGAGCAACCUCUCCGUGGGAGUGGAGGCUCUGAGGAACAAGACGGAGAUGAACAGGCAGAUGGCGAAAGACGCCCAGGCUCAGGCCAACAACGCCACGCUCCAGGCGUCUUCUCUGGAGCGGAACCUCAACGACACAGAGAAACGGUACCAGGAGCUGCUGCUGAAGAUGGAGUCUCUGGGGGGGGCGGCUGGGGAUCUCAGCAGCAUCCACCAGAAGGCCAAAGACAUGAAGAAGAAUGCAGAAGAUCUCCUCAACGACGCCAUGAGCGGGAUUCAACAACUGGAUGAUCUGGAGAGAAGGUUCAGGGUCAACGAGGACCGGAUGCAGCGACAGCGCGACGAGCUGGAAGAUCUGAAGCAAAAUGCCACGAGCGUACGAGACGCCAUCCACGACCAGCUGCAGAAGUACACCAGCUGUCAGUGAGGAGGUGAUGAUGAUGAUGAUGAUGUUACUACAAGUUUCCGGUCUGAUUAUCUGCUGCUGAGGUGUGUCUGAUCCGGUGACUGACUCAGACGAACGUCACCCAAAGCGCUGCUCUUUCACUGUUUGAAACAUUACUGGUCGAGUGUUAAGACACCGUUACCUGCUACUGUUCAUGUACUGUACGCGUUCUCUCCUGGACAUCAUCACUACAUUAGGUGAUGUCCUCAAGCUAUUUUCAUUAAGAGAUGUUUGUUUCAUUGUUUUGACCAAGAUCAUUGAUUUAUUUGAUUUUACAUCUAAUUAAUUCUGAAAAAUAUUAGUUAUGUUGUCAGAAUAAAAUUAGAAUUUGGUGCAAAAGUUCAUUUAUUUGAGUAAUACAUGAUGGACUCAGAGCCAGACAUUUAUAAUAGUGAUGAUUACGGCUUACAGCUGUCCAAACUGUCAGAAUCAAGUGUGACACUUUAAUAAGCUGAUGAACCCAGAACAGCUGCAGAGGGUUGCUGAGCCUUUAGAUGGUCUCGCAGUCUGAGCUGGAUUACUGACACUAAUAGUCUUUAGCAUCAGAUUCUGAGUUUUGGAGUUUCACCUGUAUUUUUGCUACAUUUGUCAUUCUUUAUAAUAAAUACAUGAAAAGGUUCGAUUUUAUAAAACAAAAAUGUGUCAAUUUUUUAAUGAAAAAUAUAAAUGUAUACUUUUACUUUGUAAAGUGGAGAUGUGUCCAUUCAGACAAAUUAAUAAAUCUUGUGACCUGAA